GCCAUACUUGUUAUUGUGCGCUCGCCGGCGCCCGGCAGCAGGGACGCUUUUCAAUGAGAAAUUUCAAUGAUUCCGUUAAGAUAUGUCUAGGCGAAAACAAGGACGACCUCAACACCGUAGACAACUAGAAGAACAAGCUAGUGACGCCGACCGUUUAACAUGCGGACACUGCCAGGCCGAAUUCCCUCUCGUCUUAAUCAGUUCAUUCAUAGAGCAUAAGGUAGAACGCUGCCAAAAGAAAGUCAUCGAAGAUGAUGACGAUAUUGACGGGACGGAAAAUAAACCGACUUCUAUUCUGGCUGAUGACGACCUAAAAAAGAGAAAGAGGAAAAACGUAUCGACACCGUUAGCCUCUCUCUGUCCCCCGCAAGCAUCACCUACGUCUGUACUCAAUGCCCUAGCUCGUUUUGUGGAAGAUCAGAAGAUUAAAGAUGAAGAGGAAGACGACAAAGUCGAUGCAGAAAUAAUGACCGAACUAUCAGAGCCGAAUUCGUUGACUUGCUGCCGAUGUGGCGAGGUACUUCCAUCUUCGUGGCUACUCGUUCAGCAUAUACAAGACGAACAUGAUAUGCAGUUGUUUGAUGAUGAAAUUGACGAAGACGCAGAGAGUUGUUUAAAGGAAGAUAGUGAGAAAGAAUUAGAGGAGGCAAACAAGGAAUUUGAAUUAGGAAAGAAAUCGCCAUCUUCGCCCGGUACUGAGAUCAAAUUGCCCCCAGAAACGAAUACCAAAACAGGCAGCGGUCGCCUACCCAUACCACCCACUGCUAGCGUUCCUCAACCUGGUUUCUUCUUUAGAAUGCCUCAUCUGGCUGAAAGACCGUCAACUGGACCUACUCAUGCUGCAUUCCCACAACCACAUUUCCACGAAUUAUUGGAAAUGCAACGAAUGCGAAUGGCGCAUUUGGCGUCGAUUGCUCAUCCAGCAAGCCCGUUUGAUCAGCACAACGCGGCCGCUUUAUCGAGUUUCGCGGCUGCUCAUCAUCACCUAAGGCCCAACUCGACCGAAGUCGACUUUUAUUCUCAACGUCUAAGACAGUUGGCAGGUGGUAAUGCCGGACUUAGCCCCUCAGCUCGUAAGCAAACGCCACCGUUUUCUGCAGCGUCCCCGUUCAACGUCUCUAGCCCGCCUUCAGGCACUGUACCCUCGUCUUCGAGUAGCAGCCCUAGACCGUCCCCGGGAACGCCCUCUUCACCUACUAAACGCCCACCCGACCUGACGUGCUCGGUAUGCGGCAAACGAUUCAAGUUCGCCACGCUGCUCAACCUCCAUUCGAGGCAAGAACAUACUCACGAACGACCUCACAAAUGCUACUUAUGUACGCGAGCCUUUUAUUCGGCGGUCUCUUUAAAGAGUCACUUGGCCGUUCACUUCCAAAUCAGCGAUGAUUCGCAUUCCGAUUCGGAAGAGGAUGAGCUUGACGUAUUUGAUGGAAUUGACGAAAAGUCAGCAGCAGAGAUGGAGGAAGAAGCCGAAACGCACGUUAGGCAAAUGAGAAUGAGAUACGAAUCGGUGGGCGAUCGAACUUUGGCUAAAUUACCUCCUUACAGCGAUUCCGUGCGGAAAGCUUUGGAAGAGGGUAAGAGGAAAAGGAAAAAGAAAAGGACAUACAGCCCCCAUCAAAUUAAUGGGUCAAUAAAUGGCACUGGAGGAAAUGGCUGCGGUAGUGGUGUAGGAACUUCCUCAUCGGUCAGCACCAGUCAGGAUAGCCAAGAGGAAGAGGUGGAAACGAAGCGAAUUAAAUUGGAAAAGGAACCCAAUCGAAUUCCAAACCCUAUAGAUACUUUAUAUCCGCAUCCAUUAACCUGGCCCUUUACUCAGGCUUUAUCGUCCGCCCAAGACGUCUUCCGUGCCCUCCAACAACAACAACAGCAACAAUCCGAUUUUAUUUUACCAACUGCCCAUCCGACGUUACCAACUAGCGCGGCGCCUGCUUUGAACGGCAGUGCUUUGCGUGUUGACGCUAACAAAUCGGAAAAUAGCAGUAUCGCACCCGGAGUUACAAGCGGGGGAAAUGGGAUCACGGGUGGAGGAGCUGGAACCGGUAGAAAAGAUAGAAGAAACGAUACAUGCGAGUUUUGUGGAAAAGUGUUCAAAAACUGUUCGAAUCUGACGGUUCACAGACGGUCGCACACGGGCGAAAAGCCUUACAAGUGCGAAUUGUGUUCGUACGCGUGCGCGCAGUCUUCCAAAUUGACUAGGCACAUGAAGACUCACGGGCGAAUGGGUAAGGACGUUUAUAGGUGCAAGUUUUGCUCAAUGCCCUUCUCUGUUCCAUCAACUUUGGAGAAGCACAUGAGAAAAUGCGUGGACAAUCAGCGAGCCGCUGCUGCAGUACAAGCUGCAAUUCGAGCUCCGCAUUUGCCUUUAACAGCUGCGGCAGCAGUAGGCGCCUUGUACGGUGACAAGCAAAAGGCGUCCUUAUCAUAAUCAGGGUAAUUAGUGCCAUAAACUUGCUCAUAUAGCUGGCCGCCUACCCGGUGAGAAGCACGCUAGCACCCGAUAUACAGGUCUCUUUAUCUCUCUAUAUGUCUUUAUGUACUAUGUACGUGAACAAUCUACACAACUAAAACAUACGUAAAAACAAAUCCAUAAUGGUUUAAUAUAAAAGAAAAAACGUAGGAACAUAUUUAGUUAUGUAAUACAUCUUUUCAACUGCCCUCGUUUGCCCAGUUGCUGCAGUAUAAAAUGGGGCAAAGAAUUAUUUUUCGUGCGACGCAGACGGAUCUGUUUACAUUCAUGUAUUGUAUACACAUUCACACGCAACGACAGCUUCAUCAAACAUUUCCGCGUUAGAUUAUUCUAAUCAGAAAGCAUUUUUUUCCCUUUUACUUUUUAUCCAUUUGCCUCUCUUACUUUUUAAGAUUUGCAUAAAAACAAAACAUAGUCAUAUUUGAAGAUAUAUAUAUAUAUAUAUAUAUUUGAACAUAAUAUGUAUAAUGUUUGUAAGAGGGAAUGAGAGUGAAAGUUGAGCAUUUCCUUUCCGUUGUCCAAAAAUGAAGAUAAAACAAAGUGAACAAAAUAUUUAUAUAUAUAUCUAUAUAUGAUCUAUUGUAUAUAAAUUAUUGUUUUAUUGUUUUAUUUUUGUUGUUAUUUGUGUGAAAAUUAUAUUUACGUAUAUGAUAAAUAUUAUAUUCACUCGUAUAUUACAUAAUAUAUAUAUAUAUAUAUAUAUGUAUAUGUAUAUGUAUAAUAUGUAUACAAAGACGCCGUAAGUGUUGUCAAAAACUCGUUCUAAAACUGCACAUUCUUUAUUUUUUUUCUUUAUAUUUUUUUUAAAAUUCGUUCGUGGUUUGUAUACGUACGAUGCCAUGUUUUAAUUAAUUUAUUGUUCAGCUUUUGAAAUCCUAAAGCUACGUAUUUGUAUAAACGUUAUAAAUUAC